AUGAAACUUUAUUCAAUCUUAAUCUACCAUAAAGGAAGCGACAGUUCUGUGCGGUCAUUUAAAUCAGCAUUUGACUUGUCAUCUUUCAGUUUCUUCCAAAGGGGUUCAGUUCAAGAGUUCAUGCAAUUUACGGGUAAGCUGCUCGUGGAAAGAUCAGGAAUGGGUGCUCGUAGCACUGUGAAGGAGAACGAGUACUACUGUCAUUGUUAUGUACGCACUGAUGGUCUAGCUGCUGUCUCUGUUACGGAUAGCGAGUAUCAGGUACAGUUCAGAGGUUCAUGUAAAUGUUCCCAUUUCCGGCCUUGCUCUCUAUUCUUGCUUUUUCAUAACUUCAAUGUCAUAGAACUUAUAGAAUUGGAGUUCUUUUAUUCUUCAAAAUCGAAUGCAGCUAUUUGUUUAGGAAAUGUUGGCGGGCUUUGUUUUAUCAAUCAAACAUUCAACGUUUAACG